UAAGCAACACAGCUGUGAUUUUUAUAUUAUUGACGAAAAUUGAUGCGUCAUAUUAACGCAGAUAACUUUUAAUCUUGACUCACACAUAUAAAUUAUUCACUUAUGAAAUUUCUCCAAUUUCACAUUAUUAUUUAUUAUGAUCUUGCCUGCAAGUUGUUUCUUUGUUAUAAAGUAAAUUGUUGCGACACGGUAAUUAAUAAACAUUAGUCAUGAGGAGGUAAUGAAAGGAUUUUUGAAAUGGAACGGCCAGUACCAGCGCCCAGAGAGGGCAAAAAGCCAGUGCCAACUCCUCGUAGGCAUAUCGGCAAGAGUACCGAUCCAGAUAAAUCUGUUCCAGAGGAGUCGGUGACUGAUGUGAACAUAGUGAUAGAGCAGGCUGGAUUUGAAAAGAUGGACAACGAGAAAGGGGAUCAAUUUGAUACGUUUUCCAGGAGGGUUAAUAAGGCUUCGAGGCAAAUUGCAGGUGACUUGGGACAAUUGGUCCAAGACCGCAAAAAAGCCGUUAUAGAAGGUACAAGACAAAGCAUGAGACGACUAACCCGUAGAUUUAGCUCGGCCUCACAAGAACAAAGAAAACAACACAUCAAAAAUAAAGAGUCCGCGCAGGAAUAUGAAGGGACACUCGACAUGUUCAAUAAUAUAAGAUUCGAUUCGCCAAUCAGCCGCACAAAUAGCAUUUACAGCAACGUAGAAAAUGAGCUGAACUCGGACUCGUCAAGCGAAUCUAUAAAUUUGCCUCCUCCAAAACAUCCUCCUCCACCUUUGCCUGAUGAAAAUUUUUACGAUGCACCUUCAGGAUCUUCACCAAUAGCUUCAAGUAGUAAUUCCAGCAAAUCUUUACCAACCAGAAAACCUGAAGCCUAUGAAAGUGUUUUCCCUAAACAUCCUGAUUCAGAAAACGCUCUUUCAAGUUCAGGUUCUUGGACCUUUUACGAUAGCGUCAACAGACAAUCUUCUCAAGAAGAAAACAUUUACUACAAUAUCUUGCCAUCAGAUGAUAACAGUAGAGAUGUAACUGACGAUUGCUCAAUGCCAUUGAUUCCUGAUAAGACUGAAACAAAAAAGUCUAUUUCAGGAGAAAGUCAUGCAAAUUCGAUUUAUGAGAAUCAUCAGGUGCCUUUGAGACAUCCAGCAGGCAAUCCUACUGAACAAAGAGCAUCAAAAAGUGUUCUUAUGCAGUUUGAUCCAUUAAAUGAUGAUUCAAGCAUCACACAGUUUUCUGAUAUGAAUCUUCUAGAAGAAAUACUUCAAGGUGAUUUAUAUGGCAACAUUUCUGAGGCAUAUACAUUUGAUGAGGCUGAUUGGAGCGUCAGCAAUGAGUCUGAAAAUGAAGACUUUCUGAAUCCUCCUACGCCACCAUUGAGAUUCGAUUCUUUGCCUGAGGACUUGGACGUAGUCCCUGAAACCUCUACAAAGGAAGUUGAGAAAAAAGGGCUUGCUGUGGUGAAUAAUCAAGCCAAAUCUAGAAGUAGUUGGUUCACUGAUACCCAUUUGAGUCCUAACAGGCCUCCCGUAGUAGAACCUAAAAAAAGUUGGCUCAAGCAGGUGAAGCAACACGUCCUGGAAAAGACACCUGAAGUGUUCAAAUCACCUAAAUGUGCGGAUAAUUUGGUGGAAAGGCCUAUUUUGGGUGGCAAAAAUUUUAUAAACAAAAAAGGAAUGUUGUAUAAGGUCCAAGGUGGUCCAGUCGAAGAUCUAUUCGGCGAAUACAGUGGUAGAUGGUGGGUCUUGGAAAACUCAGAUUUAUUCUGUUACUCUGAUAACACUUGCAUGCACCUGAAAGAACAUUUUUCGGCCUCCAGCAUUUUGAGUAUCCAGCUGUUGCAAGACGCCAAAUACAAAUACCGCUAUGACAGUGACGAUUUGCAUUGUUUCGAGCUGAAUAUAACGGGCAAAGGUAGAGGAGGGCAUGUGUAUGGGUCCAAAAAUAUUACCGAGAGAAGAAUUUGGUUGCAGUGUUUAGCUGAAAUGCUUACUCAGAGGUUUAAAUCGAGACUUACCACGAAUUUCCUUAGAAUGGGGUGGGCAUACGUUAGACAAGGUGUCAGUGGUAAAUGGGCAGGAGCUUGGUUAAUUUUAAGUGAACGAGAAUUGUAUUACGCAAUCGAUGGCCACUCUGUCAAGACAAUAGACUUGAGAAAAGCACGCUGCAUAGUACUUCAAGGUUACCAAGAAGCUGAUAACAAUCCUAGAACCAAUGAUAAGGGCCCUAACAUGCUUGUGGAUUGUCCCGAUUUGGCUUUGUAUUUACGAAUGUGGACUGCUAGGGAAACUAAGGUUUGGUGUCAUAUAGUCAAACUAGAGGCCCACAAUAAUGGAGCAAACUUAGACCAGCAACAAUUGACAAAAAACGAUAUUCCAGUUAUAGUGGAAAAGUGUAUUAAUUUUAUUUACGCUCACGGUAGUAUGUCUGAAGGCAUUUACAGGAAAGCUGGCACCGGAUCUUCAAUAGCUGACCUAUUGACUAAAUUCAGAAAGGAUGCGUUUGCAGUUCAAUUAACCAGAGACAACUAUAGUGAGUACGAAGUUGGUACUGCACUUAAACGAUUUUUUAGAGAACUGCCUGAGCCUUUGUUUGGCUGUGAUCAUAGACAGUACUUGUAUGAAGUAGCUAAACAUAAUGUCAAAGACGAAAAAAUCCGUAUGUUCAAAGCUGCCCUAGAUCAGUUACCUUCAGUAUCAUACAAAACAGCCAGAAAGUUACUGGGCCAUUUGCAUUUUAUAAGCAAUCAAAGCGCCAAAAAUUUGAUGACAGUAGAAAAUUUGGCUUCCAUAUGGGGCAUGACUUUGAUGAAUUAUGAGGAUAAAGAAAGGCCUAGCAAACCAGGCUCCCAUCAUCUUCAAGAUGCUGAAGUAGUGGCUCAACUUAUCCGAUACUAUCGUGCAGUUUUCCCUGAAGACCCUGGAGAAUUGGAAAAAGAGAAACUCAUGCUUAAAGUAUUACAAAAGCACAUGCAAAGUCCUCAGGGAUCUAUGAACAAGAAAACUGCAGGCGAUUUUAGAGUGUGGAUUUAUUUGUUCAAUAAAGAUGGCAAAUCUUAUAAUGUUUCUAUUGGACCUCAAAGGACUGCCUAUGAAGUUUGUCUUGAGCUCAGUGACAAAAUCAAAUCACCAGUGCAUGAAAUCAUUUUAGAAGAAUCUGUACUUGGUGAUAAACUUCUCAGGCCUAUACACCACACUGAAAAAGUUUUAGAUGUGGUUCUUAAAUGGAGCUACUGGAACGAGUCUGAUAGAAAAGAUAACUAUCUAACUUGCGUAUCUCUAUCAAAAUAUUGGGAAUACAUCUUAGAAAAACCCUUGCCAAUAUCGGGAGAAUUAAAGUUUGCUGAUAGCAAAACCAAGCUACUUAAAGUAUACAAUUUUCAAUUCACCCAAGGAUGUUUGAGUUGUUUCAAAGACAAAUCUAGCGAUAUCAAUCUGUAUUCUUGGCGCAUUGAAGACAUAACUUGGUACUUAGGGCACGAAUCGAAAAGGAGUCCCCAAUCCAGAUGGACCGCGACAUUUUUGGAAAAAGACGCCAAUCCCUGUAGGACACGUACAAAUCCGUAUUUUGGAAAUAUCCUGGUUUGGAACGAUGCGGCUAUAAGGGCGAAUUGGAUUAGUGCCAUGCUCAAAUCCAGAUAUCCAAAUAAUCUUACUCCUCCACCAAAACUGGUGACAAUUUAAUUGUGAAUAUUUUUUUACAGUGAUUUUAUAUAGAUUUUUGUUUUGUUUUAUAAAACUUAAUUUUAUUAGGUGCAAUAGGAUUAUACUAACCAUAUUUUACCAUUUAUAUUUUUGUAUAUUUUAAUGACAGGUUUGUGAUAGUUGCCAAGCUUAAUAAUUAUUGUAUAAUGGUUUUUAGAAAAAUUCAAUUAGUGUUUUAUGCGUAUGACGUAUAAUGCAAGUAUUAUUAGGUUUUAAAAAAAGAGUCUGAAAAUUUCUAUGUAAAAAUAUAUAUUUGUAUCUUAAAAAUAAUUAUUACAAAUACACUUUUUAUACAAAACAUAUAUUAUUAUACAAACGACAAAUAAACAUUAUUUUAAUACUGACCUGGUGUGUAUAAUUAAUUAUUAAGGCUUGGUGAGCAAACAAAAGUAGGCAUUGUACAAUAAUUAUUGCACACUAAAUUGGUUAAACAAAAUACAUACAACCAUCAAAUAUAUGGUUAAACAUUUACAUAACAAAAAAUUCAUACAAAUCGUCAUCUUCCCUCCAAUUCAUGCCUCACUGGCACUUUAGCAUACAAAUAUUUCGUCCUGCUGCUCCAUUGGGCACACAAAUACAUAACUUCCAAACUUAGAGCCAAAACAUUUAACACGCAGGAAGUUGCUAUAAUCCCUUUCAAGAAGCAAUUGACUUCUUCGCAAGUGAAAUCUUCAUAAUGGUAACUUUCAUUGAAAAGAUGAUGCGACAUGGAUUUGGUGGAACACACACAAGUCGAAUUGAGUUUGUCGUGAGGAGAACAAAUCGCCAUGUGGAUGUAGAUUAAGUGGAUUAUGCAAACUAUGAGGACUACUAGACAAGUCAUUAUUGAGACUAUUGUUGUUAAAAUGCUGAUAAACUAAAAAAUAAUUUAUUCAGUAAAGUUGAAUUUAAGGCUGGAUAAUAGUUACCUUAGUUAAAUGAUAAUGACAUCCUAAUCUUCUAUCUGGAUAGGGUCUAGGACAAAAUCCUAGGAAAAAACAGCCUACAACUCCUGAACAAAAUACCUGAAAAUAAUAUAAUUAUUUUGGGCAAAAUACUAUUAAUGGUAGGUACUUACAGGUACUGCGCUCCAAUAAGGAAAAUCUAUAGCGUUAAGGGUGGGACUCCACAAUAACAACCAAACCGACGCCAGACACAUAAGCAUUCCUAAAACUAUCGUAAUGACUUUCAUUGACUUGACUAGUCUGUAGUGUUUUAUCACAAAGGGCAGGUACUUUUUGGGUACUGAAAAAAACGAGGCUUGAGCUUAAAUAUUUGGAAAUUUCUUGUUUAAACUACUGAAGGCGGUGCGUAAAAUAAGGUAAUUUCAGCUUAAAUGGCAUUAUUAGGCCAAUACUAAUGAUAUGCUAUAAAAUUUUCCUGUUCUCAAAAUUAAUUUUUGUUUCUCAAAAACUAGAAAAUUCUACACGAGUCCAUAAAUAUACAUAAGUAAUAAUUAAUCAACAAAAUAGUUACACAUGAAUGCCAAAAUUAUUAUCUAGAUCAAUAUUCUAAAUGAAAGUAUGCCACUUUUUGGACCGGUAAACCAAUUAGGACAUCGAUAAUGUAAAAGUAAUACUUUUAUAAUUACUUGUGCAGGUAGGUAUUACACUGGCCAGAUUAUGAAUGGCAUCUUAAUUGCUCAUGUGGAAUUAAUAAUGCAAUUAAUAAUUGAGUACGUGGUUUAUGGUCCUAUAGAGUGUAUCAACCAUUGAAAACUUAAGCAGGCAUCUAUAAAGACUUCUUGAAUGUUGUUUUUGGACGUCUUUAAGAUGACUACAAAAACUUCCUACAGAAUUUGUUUCUUGUUCAAUUUAAAAGUUACUGAAAACCAUUUGGAAUGGUACAGAACGCUUUAGAACUUCAAUGAGCGUUUGGAUAGUUCAAAACACUUUAAAUUCAAUUCAGAAUCCCCAAAAGCAUUUUGUUCCGAACAAUUUGGAAACUUCAGAACCAUUUUAGAAUGCUCUAAAACAUUUAAAUCCGAUUUACAAUUUCCAGAAGCAAUUUAGAACAAUUAAGAACACUGAAAC